UGCGGCCGAAAAGCAAAAAAGACCGCGAAGAAGACCCUCGAGCUGGACCUCUCCGCCUGCUGUCUACCUUCAGGUUUAGCACCUUUGGGAUUCAUGGAAUUUGGAGGAGCUUCUUCUAGGGUCUUCCACGGUGACCAAUACCGUUGCCUCAGCCUCUCUCCAAGGAAAUUUCAAACGCGGACGGACCUCUCGGGCUUUUAUCAUCGUCGCCCUUCAAAUGUCUCUUUUCACCUUUUUACCACAAUUGCUGGCAGAGAUUGUACCUGCAAAGCCACUCUGGGAGACAGGAAAGUCUCCGCCGAUAAGGUGAAGAAUACGUCUGGACAUGAAUUUGAGCUUUCAAGUUUAACGGCUUUGUCGCCGUUGGAUGGUCGUUAUUGGGGUAAAGUUAAGGACUUGGCUCCUUAUUUGAGCGAAUAUGGUCUAAUCUACUUUCGCGUUUUGGUUGAGAUCAAAUGGUUGCUGAAGCUUUCACAAAUUCCCGAAGUCACAGAGGUUCCAAGCUUCAGUGAAGAAGCUCAGUUGCAUUUGCAAGGACUGAUUAAUGGCUUUAGCAUGAAUGAUGCCUUGGAAAUUAAAACUAUUGAAAAAGUGACAAAUCAUGAUGUAAAAGCAGUGGAAUACUUCUUGAAACAGAAAUGCCAAACACAUCCAGAGAUCGCUAAGGUGCUUGAGUUUUUUCAUUUUGCUUGCACAUCGGAAGAUAUCAACAAUCUUGCCCAUGCAUUGAUGCUGAAAGAAUCAAUGAACUGUGUCAUAUUGCCUCUAAUGGAUGAAUUGAUUAGGGAGAUAUGUAACACAGCUAAGGAUAACGCACACAUUUCAAUGCUCUCUCGCACUCAUGGGCAGCCAGCUUCACCUACAACUUUGGGGAAGGAAAUGGCAGUUUUUGCCGUCAGGUUAAGCAGAGAAAGGCGGGAUAUUUCUCAGGUUGAGAUAAUGGGGAAGUUUGCUGGUGCAGUUGGAAAUUACAAUGCACAUCUUGUUGCAUAUCCAGAUGUUAAGUGGCCUCAAAUCGCUAAAGAGUUUGUAAAAUCGCUUGGACUGAGUUUCAACCCCUACGUCACUCAGAUAGAAACUCAUGACUAUAUGGCAAAACUUUUUCAUGCAAUUAUCCAAUUCAACAAUAUAUUGAUUGACUUUGAUAGGGAUGUAUGGGGCUACGUAUCUUUGGGUUACUUUAAGCAGAUAACCAAGGCCGGGGAGAUUGGAUCUUCAACUAUGCCUCACAAAGUGAAUCCUAUAGAUUUUGAAAAUAGUGAAGGUAAUCUUGGUGUGGCCAAUGGAGGUUUAUCUCAUCUAAGCAUGAAGUUACCUAUUUCACGUUGGCAGCGUGACUUGACUGAUUCUACUGUUCUGAGGAACAUGGGUGUAGGACUAGGGCAUUCAAUUCUUGCCUACAAAAGCGCGCUACAGGGAUUGGCAAAGCUUCAGGUCAAUGAAGCUCUCUUGAAUGAGGACUUGAACCAUUCAUGGGAGGUGCUGGCUGAACCAAUACAGACUGUUAUGCGGAGAUAUGGUGUUCCGGAACCAUAUGAGAAGCUAAAGGAACUAACAAGAGGGAGAGCAGUUACUCAAGAAAGCAUAACCGAGUUUAUUGAAGGCUUAGAAUUACCUAAAGAAGCAAAGACCAAUCUGUUGAAGUUAACACCACAUACGUAUGUUGGAGCAGCUGUUGAAUUGGCCAGGACUGUAGACUUGGCCGUUAAUAUGGUGAAUGGUACGAAAGUCUUUGAAACGCAUAGUUGAGCAAGUUCAGCAAGAAAUAUUUGUUGCUGAGACUUCUAAUAGGGCGUUAUUGCACCACCAGCUUGAUCGUUUGUUUAUCUUUUUGGAAGAGUGAAUGGGCAAUUUUUCAUCGGAUGAAAGAGUGUGGACUGUAACUGAAAAUGACUGUAUCUCACGUAUUCGAUUGAUCGAGGGGAAUACAUUUUAUAGACAAUUUUACAUCUCA